AUGAAAGCGUCGUUGUUGGUACUAUGCUGGCUGAUGUUGUUCCUGUGGUCCAGCAACGCCGUGGAUCUAGGAUGCAGCUUUUCCCAGCAGCUGUCACCGACCGAGACCUACUACGUCUACAAUCCCGAGUAUCCGUACUCGUACCGUGGACCACGAUCAUGCAUAUGGUCUCUCCAGUCCGACUAUAAAGUUAACAUAAGCUGUAAUCUCCAAUUGCCAUGGAGUUCAAACUGCACACAAGACAGGUUGGAGAUUCAAGUCAGCCCGACAACCACGCACAGGUUCUGCGGCGAUGGGACAUUGAGUCUGAUGUCCGAAGGGAACACGAUGACUCUGACGCUGACCGCACCUAUGACGUCUGCGGGUGGCCGAUUACUAUGCGAAGUGAGGGCGGUCAAAAGGCCUCAAGAUAGCACGGAUUGUGAAUGCGGACGGAGGAAUCCUUCCAGAAUAGUCGGUGGUACGGCCACGGGGAUCAAUGAGUUUCCGAUGAUGGCCGGUCUAGUGGACAUAAAAAGCCGAGAGCCUUUCUGCGGUGGCACCAUAAUUAGUAACCAAUACAUACUAACGGCGGGCCACUGUAUCGCGAACCGAAACGUGUCGGAAUUGGUUGUUCUGGUCGGUGAUCACGACUACACUACAGGUGCUGACACGAACGCCAGUAAGGUGUUCCUGGUCAGACAAAAAAUCGUGCACCCCAAUUACGUUUUCGGCGGUCAGCAGAACGACAUAGGCAUAUUAGAAAUAGCGGGCUGGAUCACGUACAAUAACCAAGUCGGUCCAGUUUGUUUACCGUUUCAACACUCACCAGACACAUUCGGGGGUAGUCUCGUCCAAGCACUGGGUUGGGGUUCCUUGGAAUACGGUGGCGGUCCCUCAACCGUUCUGCAAAAAGUCACGCUGAACGUGGAGACGAAUCUUGCGUGCCGGAAAAAUUAUCCAGAAGUGUCCAACAACCAGAUUUGUACAUAUACCAAGAACAAAGAUUCGUGUUCGAUGGACAGCGGUGGACCCCUUCUAUGGGAAAAUCCCACGAGCCUACGACUGGUCCUAGCAGGAGUCAUCAACUACGGUAUUGCAUGCGCCGUUUUCGGCAGCGUUAACUGCAGAGUCGGCGCUUACAUAGAUUGGAUUACGUCGGUUACUCCAGGCGCCAGAUACUGCAUCGUCGAAUAAAGAACCCAAAAGCCAGUACCUGAGAUCGGCUAGACCGUGUCAAUAAUUUCGCUGACUAGACUAUGGUUCGUAAUUCUAUACGAGCGAAUUUACCCGGUUCCGACGCGGUUAAUAUGUACAGCUGCAUAAAUUCAGCAACAGGGGUACCCACCUCUAUAACCCAACCUGGACCGGGGGUUGUAUCCGCGAGGGCAGCGGUACACAACUUACGUUACAGCUGCGUCACAGAUCGGAUAUGCACAGUGGAUGCCGAUUAUCUGGGCCACUUAUUAAACGGGGCAGCCGUUUAUUUGGGACAAAGCUCAGAACGAAACGUAAUCAAAUGUCCUGUAAUAUUUCGCGUAAUUGGGACGGCCGUUUAAUAAGACCAAAAGAUAUAUACAGUAAAUCAUCGAUGAGUGUUCGAAGGCUCCUCGGUAUUGAACAUCGAAUACUUCAUAAACUGUCAUACCCGAAGAAAAAUAUCAUUGGCUUCAGAAUGCGCAGCUCUAUCACUGUGUCAAACCUCAUU